AUGGCUGCCCCACUGUCCAAGACGAUUGGCGACUUCAACGGCAAAUGGGUCAUGAACAAGUCCGAGUCUACCUCUGUCGAGCCGGGCCUCAUUCUGCAAAACAUCGGGUGGGUGACGCGCAAGAUAGUGGCGGCGUCGACCAUCACGCUAUCGGUGAACCAGUACACAGGCCCUCCGUCGCCGCCAGCGGAGCCGACCGAGGCCGCGGUGACGCACAUCGAGAUCGAGCAGACGGGCACGGCGGGGCUCAAGGGCUCGACGGAAAAGCGGUGCCUCGACUUCACGUUCCGCGAGCAUACGGACUGGCUGUUCGGCACCGUGCGCGGGCAGUCCAAGUGGAUCGCCUUACCCAACAUCGACGACGCCUUCCUCGCCGAGGGCUGGCUCGAGGGUGAUGAGGAGAAGACGGGCCCCGGCGGUGAGUCGCACGUGCUCAGCCACGUCGAGAGUGUCGACAACGGCUGGACCGCCACCCAGAUUUGGGGUUUUAAGCUCGUCGAGGGCGUCCGGAAAUACGCCCGCAACAUUGUUGUUGCCAAGGGCACCGAGCGCGCCGAGCUCAAGCUCGUCUACGACUACUUUGAGUAG